AUGACAGACCUGCGUCCCCUCCUCGUCUUGGUAUAUGUAUUGACCGCCUGUCAUGGCGACUUCCCCUUCAGAAACACCAGUCUGUCCUGGGACGAGCGUGUGGAGGACCUUGUUGGUCGCCUCACCGUCGAGGAGAUCAUGUACCAGAUGACGAAAGGAGGCACUAGUCCGGGCAAUGGCCCCACCCCUCCCAUAGCUAGACUUGGCAUAGGACCCUACUCCUGGAACACGGAGUGUCUGAGGGGAGACGUUGAGGCAGGGAAUGCUACUUCCUUCCCUCAGUCUCUGGGUUUAGCGGCCGCCUGGGACCCUGAGGUUGUGUUCAAAGUGGCAGAGGCGACGAGUGAAGAAGUUCGAGGAAAGUACAAUGACUUCGUGAAGAACAAGCAGUACGGCACCCACAAGGGCAUCAGCUGCUUCAGCCCCGUCAUCAACAUCAUGCGCGACCCCAGGUGGGGCAGGAACGAGGAAACGUAUGGAGAAGAUCCCUACCUGACUGGUCAGUACGCUGCCCACUUCGUGUGGGGUCUUCAGGGAGACCAUCCCCGCUAUGUCCGAGCGAACGCUGGGUGUAAACAUUUCGACGUGUACGCCGGCCCAGAGGACAUCCCCGUCAGCAGGAUGUCCUUCAAUGCCAACGGCUACGUCGUGAGCGAUCAAGGGGCAAUAGAAAACAUCAUCGGCUCCCACCACUACUUCAACAACACUGUAGACACUGUGGCAGCCUGCGUCAAUGCUGGAUGUAACCUCGAACUCACCAGCAGAGCCGACGCAGUGUAUCUGUCCAUGAACAGGGAAGUGUUUGUUCUCCAGAGAGGGAAGUGCUUAUUUUCAGUGGAUGCCAUUAAGCAGGGAAAGCUGACAGAAGAGCUAGUGAGGGAAAGAGUAAAGAAACUGUUCUACACCAGGAUGAGACUUGGAGAGUUUGACCCUCCUUCCAUGAACCCCUAUUCUACAUAUGACCUCUCGUAUGUGGAGACCAAGGCGCACAGAGACCUCGCCGUGUGGGCUGCAACAAGAACAUUUGUCCUCCUGAAGAAUGAUGGAAACUUUCUUCCUCUCAAGCAGACGUUCGGAACCGUUGGG